AUGUCAAUGUCUGCAUCACGCAUUCGAGCAUGCAUCUUCCAAUAUCAGGCCCAGGCUGCAAACAACAAUCUUCCCCCUUUGGCUUGGAUCAGGCACUUCAAAGCUGGGCUGCAAUGGGAUAUCACUACUUUUGUCACACCCAUCCUCCAGUACUCAGCUGCCAGGAAGAUCAUUUCAGUCAUUCCCAGCCCUAUUGCUCAUAUUCUUCAUUUGAUUGCCGGUCACACCUGGAACAUGGAUGGCAUUGAGAAUGAUAGUCUGACACUUCCAGAGCAGGUGGAUCAUACCUCAGUUCCAUCACUGAUAGGACUGAGGUGGAUUAGAGAACGCCUCCUGACAUUACUUGAGGAGCAACAUGAGGGCAUCCAUGACAAGAUGGCAGAGAUACAAAUCUACACUGCCAUUCUAGACAGAUUGAAGAGAGGCAGAGGAGAGUAG